AUGGAUACAAGAUCUUUGGAGUACGAUAAAAGUAGUAACUACUCAAAUUGGAUACUUUUGCUGAUAUUUAUAAUUUCAUAUCUAUACAUUGCCAUUAAAGAUUAUUCAAAAUGGAGAGAAUCAGGAGGAGAGUCUUUUUUACAAGCUGUUUCUUCAACCACCAAUAACAACAAACAUUCUUUUCCAUUAACUGAUAAUAAUUCUUCUAUACCUCCCUCACCCACCACAACUCCUCCUCCCUCUUUUUUAACUUUACCUUCUACUUCUUCCGACGCGCCCUCUUCGUCAGCCACAAUGACAAAAGCUUCAACCACCACCACCACUGCUAUUAAUGGAAUAACAGCCACAACUAACUUAGCCACAACCAACGCCAUAUUAUUUGACAUAGAAAUGACAAAAACUUCAUUUUAUUCAAUUCUGACAUUAAUAGAACCAUUUAUUACAAAUAAUAAAGAAUUGUAUGAUGAAUGUUUAAAUGGAGUUUUAGAUAUUUGUAAAGACACGUUAAUCCAAAUAGAAACAAUCAUUAUUAAAAAGCCAAAUAGAAAACAACAGAUAGAAAAUUUACGAGAAUUUCAAGCGUUUAGUAAAAUUAUCGAUACUAUUAAUGAAUCAUUCAAUAAAACUUUAAAAAAAUCCGAAGAAAAUUCUGAUGAAGACGACGACGAAAAUGAAGACGAAAACCACGAUUAUCAAGUUGAAUACAUCGAAUCAGAUUAUUUACAAGAUAUUGAACCAUCAGAAAUUAAAGGAAGCAAAAACCAUAUUAAAAAGAAAUUGUAUGUAAAUUAUAAAUUGGUUGCAGAGAAAAAAAUCGGAAAGUUGUUUAAAGAACAACAAUUGACUGAAUUGAAAAAAGAAAUUUUGUUUAUGCAAGAUUUAUCAAAGAAUUUCCAUAUUCUAGAUUUUUACGGAUAUUCUAAUAAUAAUUCAAAAGAUUAUUUUGUCAUAUCUCAAUGGAUGCAAUAUAAUUUAAAAGAUUAUCUUGCCACGAAUCCAACAAUCCUUUGGCCUACUAAAUUAUCAAUUUCUCGUGGAAUUGCUGAUGCUUUAACAUUUUGUCAUCAAAAAAGAAUUUUGCAUUAUAACAUCAAAAGUGAAAAUGUUUUAUUGGACGAGAAUUUACAACCAAAACUUUAUAAUUUUGGUACAAAAAAAGAAUUAUCUGUAAUGUUGAAAUCCGUAAAUAAUCUAAACAGUCUUUCGAUUGCUUGGUGUGCUCCGGAAGUACUGGGUAGUGAAAAUAUCAUUAAAAGCUAUAACUCUGCAAGUGAAGUAUAUAGCUUUGCGGUACUACUUUGGGAAAUUUCAUCACACAAAUUACCAUUUAAUCAGAUAACCUCAUCAAGAGACAUCACCACAAAAGUGUUGCUUGGUGAUAGACCUGAACCAAAAUGCGUCGAGGGAACUCCAAAGAAAUUUCAAUCAUUGAUUGAAAAAGGAUGGUCACAUCUUGCUAAUAAACGUCCAACAAUUCAAACAAUCUUCCAAUCUCUCAACACUUUUGAUCCAUCUACUUUCCAUAAUAUCAAUGGUGGUAAUGGUAACAAUGUAAAAAUCAUCACUAACACUAACACUGCACCAAAAAAUAGAACUAUCAGCAAUGGUAGUAGCAAUAUUCUAAGUAAAUCUCCACCAUCAUUAUCAAAGUCUCCACCAAAAUCUCCACCAAUCGCUUCAUCGUCUUCUUCGUCAUCAUCUAUUACAUCCUCGACCACAUCACACUAUAUUAAAAGUAGCAAUGAAGACGAAGAACAGAAUCAUACAGUAGUAGAAGUAAAGAAUUCGAUUAAUCUUGACAAAGCAAUCAAAUACAAUAAUUCAAAACAAUUUUCAAAAGCAUGGGAAUUGUUUCAACAAGAAUUCAAAAAGGAACCAAACUCACCAGUGCUAAAAUAUUGGAUCGGCUUGUAUUAUUUAAAAGGUUAUCAUCAUCAUAACAACAACAAGAAAACAUUUACACCAGAUCUCAAAAAAGCCGUUCAAUAUUUGAGUGAGUCGGCCAAGAAAAAUAAUCCAGAUGCACAAUAUUUGUAUGCGGUGACAAUAUUGAAUAAUGGAAUUGCAACUAAAGAACACGAAAAUAAUCGGUUCAAGGUUGCGAUGAAGUAUUUGUAUAAAGCAAGUAACCAGAAACAUCCUUUGGCAAUGCAAAAAUUAGGAAGAAUCAUUCAAAGAGGACAAUUUGGCAAAGAUGUUGAUGUCAAAAUUGGUAAAGAGAUGAGAAGGUACAGCGAAAAUAGUAGAGGUGUUACUUUUGCUACUACAACUACUGCUAGUAAUAAUAGUAGCCUUAAUAUUCCCGGAAAAAGUAGCAGUAACAAAGACUUGGAAAACAUUAUUAAUGAAAAUAAAAACAGUAACAAUGAUACUAGUAACAAAAACGAUAAAUUAACUGCAAAUCGUCAUCUUAAAAGUAAAGGAAAAGAAAUUGUUAAUAGCAGUUCAAGUAGUAGCAGCGCUGCUAGUAUUAUUGAUAGCGGAAAAAACAAGAUUAAUGGUAAUGUAAAUUUUAAUAGCAGCACUAUUAGCGCUGAUGUUUGUAAAAUUCAAGAUGAUAAAGACAAGACAGAGAACUCAUUGAAAAGAAAAUGGCAGGAAGAAGAAGAUCAAGAAGGAAAAGACUAUGAUCAUCAUCAAUCUAAGAAGUUUGCAAGAGAAAAUGUGGAAAAGGAAGAGGAAAAGGCAAUUAAUGAUCACGUUACCAAUGAUAAAAAUGUUAAUGUUAAAGAUGAUUAUAUUAUUGGUGAACAUGAAAUAAUUGCAAUAGGAGUGGAUCUUAGCGAAGAUAAAGUUCCAGAAGAUUAUACAGGAUCUUGUGACGAGGAUGAUGAUUAUAAAUAA